CCUAUCCACUCUCAGGUCUGCUCGCCGAGGCUGAGACGCUCUUCCCCCUCCACGACGCAGGCGAGCCUCGCAGCAGCUCCAGCAAAUCCAUCAACGUCGCAAGGUAACUUUGUUGGUGUGAUUCGAGGUCGCACGAGAGUAUUUGCAUUCUGCACUUGAUUGUCGGUUUUCAGAAUUGCGUAGGAUUGUGUUUGGUAGCCGAUGGAGACUACGAUGAUGGCGCUUGCGCCGGGGGCGUCCAGCUUCUGCGUUGCGGGGGGCGCGACGAAGCAAAGGGCCGCAGUGGGCACACAUCAGACGUCGUUCAUGGUGGGAAGCGGCAGUGCGGCGUUGAAAUCGUGCUCGAAAGCGGGAUUGGAGGAGCACGCGAACAGGAGAGAUGUAUCUGUGAGCGUGCGGGCCAAAGGGAGGCGCAACGCUGGUAUCCCUGGACGGCAACCCAACCGCCAGCAGAUGCCUUCGAUGCCCGCCAUGGAAGACGACGGCAACCCCAAGUUUGUUUUGUUCAUCCGAACCUUGAACGUCCCAAGGUGGUAUCCAUUGAGCGUGGUGACCGGAGGAACCACAGCAAAAAUGAUGGUUGGAGCCAUGAAGAAUGACUGGGGAAAGAAGCUGUAUGAAGGCACUUUGACCCGGAACAUCGCUGGUGUCAUUUACAAGGAUGAAAAGAAAAUUAUACAGACAGCCAUCAAGCAAUACCCUGUAUUGAAGUCCGCUACUGGGUUUCAAUAUGGUUACAAGAUCAUGGACCCUGAAAAACCCCAGUCAGCCAUGUUUUCCUCGGAUGUCGUCACAAUCCCUCCACAAGAAGAGCUUAACUCCGUAGUGGACAAAGUGAAGGGCUUCUUCAGCAAAGUUGGGGAGUCAUUUGGCAGCAUUGGUAGUCUACCAGCCGGUUCACAAGAUCAAGCUGGACAGUCGAAGGACAACAAGUAGAUCAGGUCGUAAGAGAGACAUGUUUCUUAGCUGUAACGAGAAGAUUUUGAUUUUCGUCAAAGACAUGUUGAAUAGAAAGAAGCUGAUGACUUCCCUGCGAGCCUUGUAUGACCUAAAAUUGUAUUGUAUCUUAGAUGCAUAGUUUUUCUUUGGCAACUUUUUUCUGAGGGGACAAUAGUUGCGUGACGCGUGAUUAUGUAGGCGUAGUGACGAAAUUAUGCGGUAUGUUUCAAUCUGUUGCCAAAAAGCAGCAAUGUGUCAGUGUUCCUGCAUUAGAUGGAGAUCAAUUAUUUCCCAAAAUAAGAGUCUUCAAGGCUCUGACGUGUGCUAUAAGCAAUAUAGGCUCUGCUCAAAUGCCAGUAGUACAUGCUUUAUCUUUUGACGUAGAAGUGAUAUGUACUCUCUGAAUCUGGUCGCUGCAUCAGGCGCAUUCUACUUACAAUAUCACAUAGUUUCUGGGCUAA